AUGGGUGUUAUCAAAGUCUAUUUGAACUAUAGAAGGGAAACCAUUGCUCUGAUCGAGUCGCUAGUUCGUGAUUCGGCAAAUUCGCACAGGAUUUUUGACCGUCUGCAGCCUUUUCACAAGAACAGCCUCGUACGACUGCAACCGAUACGAUCAGCUACAGUCUCACUGGUAUUCAUUUCCGAAUGUUAUUCAAAGUUCUGCUCUGAGCAGUUGUCUGCUGAAACGUUGCCAGUAUCUUCAAUAUCAUGCGGUUCUGCAGGUCGGACAGCGAUUUUGGUCGGUGAAUCAGAACAUGACACAUGGUGUUCCCAUGCUGGAAAAGUGAUAAUCGCUCAGCGAAGCAAAUUUACCUCAAUUCCCCUCGCUGUGUGCCCAUCGGCUUCAUCAUGGUCGUCACAAGGAAUGCUCGCCGUCGGUGACGUCGCAGGAGACGUUCAUCUUGUCGUCAACAACACCGUUCUUAGCACGAUAAAAGUUCACUCACAAGCUGUCUCCGCCCUCGACUGGAUAUCGCAUUCACAACUAGUAUCAUGCGGAACCGAUGGCCACAUAGCUGUUUUGCAACUGAAGGGAACUUCUCUGGAAGUUGAUAAGUCGCUACGACUAUCCGUAACUGAUCUGCCAAGGAAAAUUCGCAAAUCAUCGUCAUCAGCAAAGUCGCUAUCGAUUGUCGCCAUGAGUAGGUCAGGUGCCGACGCGUGCAUAGCCAGUGAGACAGGUGGCUUAUGGAUAGUUUCGUUGCCAGAUCUUCGUCCGAAGACCGUAGUCAGCGAACCACAAGCGGUCCAAUCGAUUCUCUAUCUUUCACCAUUCAUUGCUCUGUGUGGAGAUCCUGAAUCGACGACCUUGCUCCUCAACGACGGCUCAUUCGUCGACACUUUGCCGAUUGGCGCCCUUGAUCAGUGCAAAGUCGACGAGGAGAUGCUUGUCAUCGCUGACGGUACCCAGAUUCUGAUAUACGAUGUUUCAACAAGGAACAAGUAA